UAGAUUUUGUGAAAAAUUUAAUAUAUUAUACUUGCGAAAUGAAGACGCAAUGGAUUGUGUUAGGAGCUUUGUCUGUGAUUUUAAGCGGUUUACUAAUCGCCUAUUACUGCGAAGCGACCGGUGAUUACUUUGAAGAUAAAAACCAUUGGUUUGCAUCUGCCAGGUCUGAACUCAAAUCAGCUUUGAAUUUAAAUCUGGUGACAAAUCAUGCAAGGAGCGCAAUUCUGUUUGUUGGUGACGGAAUGGGGCCAAAUACAGUAACUGCCUCUAGAAUUUUGAGAUAUGAUGAAGGCGGUUUACUGUCCUUUGAAAAAUUUCCACACAUUGGCUUGCUUAAGACAUAUUGCGUAAACAAACAAGUUCCAGAUUCUGCAAGUACAGCUACUGCACUUUUCUGUGGUUCAAAAACGAAUUACGAAACUUCAGGAGUGGAUGCCAAUGUAGAACUUAAGGAUUGUCCAGCGUCCAUGAAACCUCAAAGUAGACUGGAGUCUAUUAUAGGGUGGGCUCAAAGAACUGGGAAAUCUACUGGUUUUGUCACCACGACGAGAGUUACCCACGCCACUCCUAGUGCCUUAUAUAGCCAUACAGCAGACAGACGUUGGGAAUGCGAAGCCAAAAUGAACAAUAUUACUGGUGAUUGUGAAGAUAUCGCAGUGCAGCUGGUACGACGUGAACCAGGAAAAAAUAUAAAUGUGAUAAUGGGUGGUGGUCGUCAGUGUCUAGUAUCAAAUUCUAACGGUUCUGAUGCUGAUCCUAUAGAUACAUGGGCAUGCAUUAGUAAAGAUGGAAGAGACCUGAUUUCUGAAUGGAAAAAGGACAAGAAAGAGCGAAAAAUAAAACAUACUGUCGUUCAAAACACAGCAGAAUUGCAAAAUAUAGACCCAAGUGAAACUGACUACGUUUUUGGUAUUUUUGCAAAUGGUCACUUGAAAUAUGAAGUGGAAAGGGAUAAAUCUCCUCAAGGAAUGCCAUCUUUGAAAGAAAUGACGGAUGCAGCCAUUAAAAUACUACAAAAGAAUAAAAAUGGCUUUAUAUUAGUGGUAGAAGGCGGUUUGAUAGACCAGGCUCAUCAUAGGGGAACGGCCGCGCGGGCUCUGUACGAGACUUUGGCCUUGGAUGACGCCGUUGCUUCGGCUGUCGAAUUGACGAAACCACAAGAAGAUACACUUAUUGUUGUUACAAGUGACCACUCUCAUACUCUAUCAAUAAAUGGAUAUCCGAAACGAGGAAACCAUAUAUUAGAUGUCGGUUCCAAGUCGCGCUUUGACGACAAACCGUACACAACCCUUACGUAUGCAACUGGAGGUCCUGGAAGCUCUCAAUUAGAACCCAACGGCCGCAGGGACCCUUCACAGGACAACACGAGGGACCCCAUGUAUCAACAACAGGCGUUGGUUGAAACUGAUGAAAAUACUCAUGGAGGAAAUGAUGUACUGGUGUAUGCAAAAGGUCCAUUUGCACAUCUAUUUCAUUCAGUUCAUGAGCAGAGUUAUGUUGCCCAUGCCAUAGGUUAUGCAACUAAAAUAGGACCAUAUUUAUACUGCGUACCUGGCGUACAUCCACAUGGUUGUUAGUGUAAUUAAUAAAAUUAAUUAGAUAUGCCAACAGACAAACAGUUAAAAACAUUACAGGGUAAUUUCAUAUGCAGAUAUGUUACAAUUAAGAUAAUGACUCAGUAUUAUAUAUAAAAGAUCCUAGGUUAAGAUUAUCU